CUCUGCUCGUUUUGCCAUAAUACGCAAGGUGCUCUCCCUUUCCUUCUUCUUUAUAGUCCAUUCAUUUUCAGUUCGGAUCUCCGGUUCGGGUUUUCGGAUGCCCGGUUUGUAAACCUGAAACAUAGAAUGGAACCAUCGGAGCUGAAGAGGUCGAAGGACUCGCCGAACUCGGACGAGUCAACUCGUCGAUCGUCAUUUCCCGACGAAGUGCUGGAGCGAGUUCUCUCCCUUUUGAAAUCCCACAGGGACCGGAGCUCCGUUUCUUUGGUUUGCAAGGACUGGUACAACGCGGAACGGUGGUCGAGGACUCACGUCUUCAUCGGAAACUGUUACUCCGUUUCGCCGGAGAUCGUCGCGCGGCGGUUCCCGAAGAUAAGGAGCGUGACGUUGAAGGGGAAACCUAGGUUUUCUGACUUCAACUUGGUGCCGGAAAAUUGGGGAGCCGAUAUCCACGCGUGGCUGGUCGUUUUCGCGGCCAAGUAUCCGUUCCUCGAAGAGCUUAGGCUUAAGCGAAUGGCGAUCAGCGAUGAAAGCUUGGAGUUUCUCGCCGUUUCUUUCCCUAACUUUAAAGCUCUUUCCCUUUUAAGCUGUGACGGUUUUAGCACUAACGGACUUGCCGCCAUUGCCACUCACUGCAAGAACUUGACUGAGCUUGACAUACAGGAGAAUGGCAUUGAUGAUAAAGGGGGUAGUUGGUUGAGCUGCUUCCCGGAAAGCUUCACAUCAUUGGAAGUGCUCAACUUUGCCAACUUGAGUAGCGAUAUUAAUUUCGAUGCUCUUGAGCGGCUUGUAGGUAGGUGCAAGUCAAUGAGGGUUUUGAAGUUGAAUAGGAGCGUAUCGUUGGAACAGUUACAAAGACUUCUUGUUAAUGCCCCUCAAUUAGCUGAGCUCGGUACGGGCUCGUUCUCGGAAGAACUUACUUUCCGCCAAUAUGUAGAGCUUGAAAGUGCGUUAAGUAAUUGCAAGAAUAUGCAUACGCUAUCCGGUUUGUGGGAUGCCAAGGGAAUAUAUCUCCCUGCCUUGUAUCCUGUGUGCACGCAUCUAACGUUCUUGAACUUGAGCUAUGCUGCUUUGAGAAGCGAUGAACUGGCUAAACUUCUGGCUCAUUGUCCACGACUUAAACGCCUCUGGGUCUUGGACACGGUAGAAGACAAGGGACUGGAGGCUGUUGGACUGAACUGCCCUUUGCUUGAGGAACUACGAGUUUUCCCUGCUGAUCCGUUUGACGAGGAAAUUAUCCAUGGAGUCACUGAAGCUGGGUUUGUGGCUGUGUCUUUUGGUUGCCCGAGACUCCACUAUGUUCUCUAUUUUUGUCGUCAAAUGACUAAUGCUGCUGUAGCAACCAUUGUACAGAACUGCCCUGAUUUUACUCAUUUCCGAUUAUGCAUAAUGAACCCGGGUCAACCGGAUUAUAUCACAAAUGAACCUAUGGAUGAAGCUUUUGGUGCUGUGGUUAAGACGUGCACUAAACUUCAGAGGCUUUCAGUUUCAGGUCGCUUAACUGAUCUGACAUUCGAGUAUAUCGGUAGGUAUGCUAAGAACUUGGAGACCCUCUCAGUGGCAUUUGCAGGCAGCAGUGACUGGGGGAUGCAGUGUGUUAUGGGAGGUUGUUCAAAACUGAGGAAACUUGAGAUACGAGACUGCCCGUUCGGAAAUGCUGCACUGCUGUCAGGUUUGGAGAAGUACGAAUCUAUGAGGUCACUUUGGAUGUCGGCCUGCAAUGUGACAAUGAAUGGUUGUAGGCUAUUGGCAAGGGAGAUGCCUAGGUUGAACGUUGAGGUAAUGAAGGAGGAUGGAAGUGAUGAUAGUCAAGCUGAUAAAGUCUAUGUUUACCGUUCGAUUGCUGGCCCACGGAGGGAUGCCCCACCAUCUGUUCUUACCCUCUGAAAUGCUUGAAUGAAGGCAUGUUUUCAGCUGUAAAAGGCUACACAAAAGACAACAUGAGGAUUUGCAGAACUCGAAGUCGAUUAUUCAACGUUGUUUUCUUUCUUUUAGGCGACAGGCAAACAGAGAAACAUUUUAAGUUUGGACCGUCUAAGCAUCUAAAGCCUCGAAGGUCUGGAACAAGUUUGCCUCUUUUGCUUGAUUUACUGCACCCCUGAAGAGCAAGAUCGCAAGACUGCCAACACAAAAGUGUAUGAAGCAACCAUGGCAGUGCGUUACAAACGAACUAAAAUCCGUCCCUACAACGCAUUGCCACCCAGGUCCGUACACCCUGUCGAAAUCCUGCAUUUAGAACUCAAAUCAAAGAUGCAUACGGUAUAUAGUUUCCAACAUAUUCGAUACCCCAUAUGGAGUUACAAUAAAUUCUAGCUUAGAGCCCUCACCUUUUUUAUAAACUGGGCUAUAUCAGUCGAUUCAGUGGCUUCGAAGAUAUCAAGAGCUUUUGCAGCCAAGUGAAGUGCAGCCUGCUGCAUCGUAUGGAGCAUAUCGGUUUCGCCUACAAUCGCUUUACCCUCCAACAUCGCUUUGGAUAAACCUUGGUUAUCGGGGAAGAAAGCUUGAAGAGGAAGGCAGUGGAGACUCAAGGCUAUAUAAUGGAAAGGAUUAUAUAGAAAAAUGAACCAGAAAGUCCAAGUCCGAACCCACAGAAAACUGGUUCGAUCGAUUAAAAGCCGGUUGGUUACUUGAUGCAAUGGAUUAAAAGUUGACUUAGGCAUAUGCUAAAACUAUUUGCAGAAUGUGUCAAAAAGAGAUGAAACUAUAUUUGGGUCCACAUUAUCUUUGAUGAUAUGUGAGUUUGUGGUAGUAUGAUAUAUUGCUUUAUCUUUCUUUUUUAAUUGAUCAAAAAGGACCAAAUUUUGAUUAA